CCUAACAAAUCUAACACACAGAAAAAAAAAAAAAAUUCCUUUUCCGUCCCCCUCUUCUCUCCUCCACACAAUUUCCAAUCUUUAUCACCCCCAUUCUUAUCUUUUGUCCAUUUUCUCUUUUUUUAAAAGACCCCUUCUUUCUUUUUUCCCCAAUUUGUUUCACAUUUUUUUUUGCUCAAUUUUUCAUCUAUAUAUACCCUCUAAUAGUUUCAUUCUUCAUCUCACUACAACCCCUUUAACAUUUUUGUGUUAAAGAUCCAAUCUUUUUCUUGUUUUCUUCAAUUCUUGAUUUUUUUUUCUAUUGGUUUUAGCAAUUACCAUUUUAAUAAUAAUGGCUAUUGCUUACCCUCAAUUUUUCAAACCCAAAAAAGUUGAACCUUCAUUAAUGGUUUCAGUUUCUUCUGUUAAUUUAUCACAAGAUGAGCUGAAAAAAAUUGCAGCAUAUAAAGCUGUUGAGUUUGUUGAGUCAGGUAUGGUUGUUGGUUUAGGCACAGGUUCAACAGCAAAACAUGCUGUAGACAAAAUAGCUGAAUUAUUACACACUGGAAAAUUAAAAAAUAUUAUAGGAAUACCAACUUCUAAGAUUACACAUGAACAAGCUGUUUCACUUGGUAUUCCAUUAUCAGAUCUGAAUAAACAUCCAAUUGUUGAUUUAUCAAUUGAUGGUGCUGAUGAAGUUGACCAAGAAAUGAAUUUGGUCAAAGGUAGAGGGGGUUCAUUACUUAGAGAAAAAAUGGUUGAAGCUGCUUCAAAAAAAUUUAUUGUUAUAGUUGAUGAGUCAAAAUUGGUGAAUUAUUUAGGUGGUAGUGGACUUGCUAUGCCUGUUGAAAUUGUUCCUUUUUGUUGGGAAUUUACACUUAAAAGGCUUGAAAUGUUGUUUAUUGAAGCUGGUUGUGUUGGGAAAUUGAGAACUGUUGGAGAAAAUGGUGAAGCUUAUGUUACUGAUAAUGGUAAUUAUAUUAUUGAUUUGUAUUUCAAGAAAGAUAUGGGAGAUUUGAAAGCUGCAAGUGAUGCUAUUUUGAGACUUGCUGGUGUUGUUGAGCAUGGUAUGUUUAUUGAUAUGGCUACUACUGUUAUUGUGGCUGGAAAACUUGGUGUUUCUGUUACUAAUAAGGAGUAAUAAAUAGGAUUAAGGUUGGAGUUUAGAUCAGUUUAUUAUCUUUUUAGGUACCUUAGUUUUUACUAAUUUUAUUCAGCUGAGGUAUUAGGAUGUUAUCUUGCUGAAAUAUUUAUGUGGCAAGUGAAAAAAAUGUGGUGCUUUUUGUACCAACUAAUAUAUUGAAUCGUUUGGGGUAUUUUUGCCUCAAAGUUGCUAUCUUUGAAAGGGCUCAUUGAUGAACAAAUUUUUAUGCUA